AUACAUCAUCAUUGCUAGCUGAAAUGUGCAAUCGCGUCAUGCGUCAUUUGCUUUUGCAUACCUCGGUCUCUUGUAGACUUCUGUUCCUUUACACCCAUCCACCUUGAUUCUGAGCAUCGAAUCGACCCAAUUGAUACACACAUCAGCUCAAGCUCGACCUUCACGACCUACGUUACCCACGGCUUGAAGUUUGUCGAAAGAACCCACCAUGUUCCGCAACACUAUGAUCAGGUCCACGCGGACCCUCCGCCUCACUGCCCCAUCCGCACGCCCUUUCUCCCUCUCAGCCUCAAGAUGCGUCGAGCAAUACCCCAACAACCUGAGCACGAACUCAAAGACCAAGACGGACAAAUACGACAGCGAUAGUCCGCACGCAGUACAAGAUAAGGUCAAGCAGGGCGACACACACAACAUUCAGGAGAGCAACGCAAAGGCUGGCAUGGACAGCGCACAAAAAGAGGGCACCGGAGGUCAUGCAACUGAGGGAAAGGACUCGGCAGGUGGAAAGGAGACGGCGAAGAAGGAGUUCCCUGAGGCGCCGGACCCAGCUAUUGGCAUGCAGGAUGAGAGGGGUGGACGGGGUGGUUAGGUGCGAUAUGGUCUUUGAGCAUCUUGACGAUCCCGUGUCAAGACGAGCAGACUUAUCGACACACGUAAAUGCAUACAAAGAGACAGUAUUGGAGGACCAGACUAGAACGAAGCCAGAGCGUGUUGCUCGAAUUCUAGGAACCAGCAUAAUACGAAGAGAUAUUGCCAAGUCUGCGGAUCAUACCAUGGUGGCUUGUUGGUGUGAGAUAUUGAUUAGGUGCAAGAUGCUCACCAUCACUCAAUACAGAAUAC